GAUCAGCCCAAGGAGGAGGAGGAGGAAGAAGAGGAAAGCAAGACAAACAGCCAGAGCAGCAGAGAGGAACGCUGUCUGGCGGUCCCUGAGGAGACAGCAGCUGGGAGCCCGUGUCUUGCCCGCCUCCCAGCCCUGCAUCAGCCUACUGCCUCCCCAUUGAGGCCAUGGGCCCAAGGGCUCUGCUGACCCUGCUGGUGGCCACAGCUUGGUAUGCUAAAGGGGUCCCAGAGAUAGAGCCCAGCGGCCCUGAGCUGGUUGUGGAGCCAGGCACAGUGGUGACCCUGCGAUGUGUGGGCAAUGGCAGUGUGGAAUGGGACGGCCCCAUCUCUCCGCACUGGACCAUGGACCCUGAUGCCCCCAACAGCAUCCUGACCACGAACAAUGCCACCUUCCAAAACACGGGAACCUAUCGCUGCACUGAGCCUGGAAGCCCCCUGGAGGGAAGCGCCACUAUCCACAUCUAUGUCAAAGACCCUGAUCGGCCCUGGAAGGUGCUGACUCAGGAAGUGAUGGUGCUGGAAGGCGAGGACGCGCUGCUGCCCUGCCUGCUCACCGACCCAGCACUGGAGGCGGGUGUCUCGCUAGUGCGAGUGCGGGGCCGGCCUGUCUUGCGCCAAACCAAUUACUCCUUCUCGCUCUGGCACGGCUUCACUGUCCACAGGGCCAAGUUCAUUGAGAGCCAAGACUACCAGUGCAGUGCCCGGGUAGGCGGCAGGAUGGUGGCAUCGGUCAGCAUCCGGCUUAAAGUGCAGAAAGUUGUCCCAGGGCCUCCAACCUUGAUACUGAAGCCUGCAGAGCUUGUGCGGAUUCAAGGAGAGGCUGCCCAGAUCAUGUGCUCAGCCAGCAACGUUGAUGUCAAUUUUGAUGUCUCCCUCCUACAUGGGGACACUAAGCUCACAAUCUCUCAACAAUCUGACUUCCAUGAUAACCGUUACCAGAAAGUCCUGACCCUCAACCUCGAUCACGUAGGCUUCCAAGAUGCUGGCAACUACUCCUGUGUGGCCACCAACGCCCGAGGCGUUCACUCCACCUCCAUGGUCUUCUGGGUGGUAGAGAGCGCCUACUUGAACUUGACUUCUGAACAGAACCUCUUCCAGGAGGUGACCGUGGGUGAGAAGCUUGAUCUCAAAGUCAAGGUGGAGGCCUACCCAGGCCUGCAGGGUCUUAACUGGACCUAUCUGGGACCCUUCUCUGACCAACAGUCCAAGCUCACUUUUACCACUAACAAGGACACAUACAGGUACACCUCCACCCUCUCCCUGCCUCGCCUAAAGCCCUCUGAGGCCGGCCGCUACUCCUUCCUGGCCAGAAACGCUGGAGGUGGGAGUGCCAUGACCUUUGAGCUCACCCUUCGAUACCCACCAGAGGUACGGCUCACAUGGACCUUCAUCAACGGCUCUGAUGCACUGCUCUGUGAUGCCUCUGGGUACCCUCAGCCCAGUGUGACAUGGCUGCAGUGCAGGGGCCACACUGAUAGAUGUGAUGAGACCCAAGUGCCUAUCUUGGAGGACUCACAUCCAGAGGUCCUCAGCCAGGAGCCCUUCCACAAGAUGACCGUCCAGAGCCUGCUGGUCAUUGGGACCUUGGAACACAAUAGGACAUAUGAAUGCAGGGCCCACAACAGCUUGGGGAACAGCUCCCAGGUCUUCUGGCCCAUCUCUGUAGGAGCCCGCCUGCAGCCCCCUGAUGAGCCCCUCUUCACUCCAGUGCUGGCUGCCUGCAUGGCCAUCAUGGCCUUCCUGCUUCUGCUCCUCUUGGUGCUUUUUUACAAGUACAAGCAGAAGCCCAAAUACCAGGUACGCUGGAAGAUCAUUGAGAGCUAUGAGGGCAACAAUUACACCUUCAUCGACCCCACCCAGCUGCCCUACAAUGAGAAGUGGGAGUUCCCCCGAAACAACCUGCAGUUUGGAAAGACCCUUGGAGCCGGCGCCUUUGGGAAGGUGGUAGAGGCCACAGCCUUUGGUCUGGGCAAGGAAGAUGCUGUCUUGAAGGUGGCUGUGAAGAUGCUCAAGUCCACGGCCCACGCUGAUGAGAAGGAGGCCCUCAUGUCAGAACUGAAGAUCAUGAGUCACUUGGGCCAGCAUGAGAACAUUGUCAACCUGCUGGGAGCCUGCACCCAUGGAGGCCCUGUCCUGGUCAUCACUGAGUACUGUUGCUAUGGCGACCUGCUCAACUUUCUGCGAAGGCAGGCUGAGGCCAUGCUGGAGCCCAGCCUGAGUCCCAGCCAGGACCCUGAGGUGGGCACCAGCUACAAGAACAUCCACCCGGAGAAGAAAUAUGUCCACAGGGACAGUGGCUUCUCUAGCCAGGGUGUGGACACCUAUGUGGAGAUGAGGCCUGUCUCCACUUCCUCCUCCAACGACUCCUACUCUGAACAAGACCCGGACAAGGACGGGCGGCUGCUGGAGUUGUGUGACCUGCUCCAAUUCUCGAGCCAGGUGGCACAGGGCAUGGCCUUCCUGGCUUCCAAGAACUGCAUCCAUCGGGAUGUGGCAGCCCGGAACGUGCUGCUGACCAGUGGACGUGUGGCCAAGAUUGGGGACUUUGGGCUGGCUAGGGACAUCAUGAAUGACUCCAACUACAUCGUCAAGGGCAAUGCCCGCCUCCCUGUGAAGUGGAUGGCUCCAGAGAGCAUCUUCGACUGCAUCUACACGGUUCAGAGUGAUGUCUGGUCCUACGGCAUCCUCCUCUGGGAGAUCUUCUCACUUGGGCUGAACCCCUACCCUGGCAUCCUGGUGAACAGCAAAUUCUAUAAACUGGUAAAGGAUGGAUACCAAAUGGCCCAGCCUGUGUUUGCCCCAAAGAACAUAUAUGGCAUCAUGCAGGCCUGCUGGGCCCUGGAGCCCACCCGCAGACCCACCUUCGAGCAGAUCUGCUCCCUCCUUCAGGAGCAGGCCCACGUGGGCAGGAGAGAGCGGGCCUAUACCAACCUGCCCAGCAGGAGCAGCAGUGGCAGUGAGCCGGGGGAGGAGAGCUCCAGCAACCACCUGGCCUGCUGUGAGCAGGCAGAUGCAGCCCAGCCCCUGCUGCAGCCCAACAACUACCAGUUUUGCUGAGGAGGUGACAACUGUGAACCACUGCCUGCCCCCUCCUCCGAGCUUCCACUCCUUUAUGGAAGGGGUACCAUGGAGAGAACAGACUCUGCCCUCCAUUGUUUCACUCAACAGCCUGGCCCAGCUCUACAACUCAAGAAUGUGUAAUUCAUGGGAGGUCAGAGAGGACCGUUUCCAGGGCCUGGGCCAUCACUGCCAGUCAGGGACUGAGGCUGAGGCUGAGCCCCUGCCCACUGUUCUCAAUGCUAUGCCAACCGGUAGAAGCCCCAGCUCACUCUUAACCUUCCCCACUCCCCUCGUGUCUCAAUGGAAAUGGGCUGGUUUUGUGACUACGAAGUUCCCUGGAGCUGCCCUAACAUUGAGAAAACAAGGCUCCUUGAGUCUUAGCAAGAGAACACCCUUUCUAACCAAGUGAAGCACAAGACCAGACAAGUGCUCAGAGGCCACCCCCGGCUCAAGCCCUUUGGAACAGGGUGGCUCCUUGUAAGAAUCUAAUUGUAUCUCUUAGCCUCUGCCCUCUAGCCUUCUCUCUACAGUGCCACCCACCCUGGAUCUGGUACUGCUAUAAUGAGCCAGGUGGAAGCUAAAAGUUCAGGGUGUCUGCCUAGCCCCUCAUCGUUCUGAGCUGGAAGACAGGGCACCCGUGUGGCUGGCCACACCAAGAAAGCAGCACACACUUCCCCAGGUUGCCUAAUUAUAACUAACAGACUGUGGGAUGUCUCUGUCAUUAAACUAACAUUAACACAG